CUCUUCCGGGUCAGGUGACAGCGCUCUCUCACGUGACCCUGCCCAAGUGCGGGCGGUGGAAGGCGGAAGUGGGAGAGGAGUUGGAAGCCGCUUCUGUGGCCUGGGCAGCUUCAUGGUGAUGACAUGGCAUCGGCCAGCUCCAGCCGGGCAGGAGUGGCCCUGCCUUUUGAGAAGUCUCAGCUUACUUUGAAAGUGGUGUCAGCAAAGCCCAAGGUGCAUAAUCGUCAACCUCGAAUUAACUCCUUUGUGGAAGUGGCAGUGGAUGGACUUCCCAGUGAGACCAAGAAGACUGGGAAGCGAAUCGGGAGCUCUGAGCUUCUGUGGAAUGAGAUCAUCAUUUUGAAUGUCACGGCCCAGAGUCACUUAGAUUUGAAGGUCUGGAGCUGCCAUACCUUGAGAAAUGAACUGCUAGGCACCGCCUCCGUCAACCUCUCCAACGUUCUGAAGAACAAUGGGGGCAAAAUGGAGAACACGCAGCUGACCCUGAACCUGCAGACAGAGAACAAAGGCAGUGUUGUCUCAGGCGGAGAGCUGACAAUUUUCCUGGACGGGCCGACUGUUGAUCUGGGAAGUGUGCCUAAUGGCAGUGCCGUGACAGACGGGUCACAGCCACCUUCAAGAGAAUCCAGUGGGACAGCUGUAGCUGUGGAGAACCGGCACCAGCCCCCUAGCACCAACUGCUUUGGCGGGAGAUCCCGGACGCACAGACAUUCAGGUGGUUCAGCCAGAACAAGCACAGGAUCUAGCGAGCAGAGCCCCGGUGCUAGGAACCGACACCGCCAGCCCAUCAAGAACCCAGGCCACAGUGGCUUGCCCAAUGGCACAGUGAACGAUGAACCCACUGCAGCCACCGACCCUGAGGAAUCUUCCGUUGUUGGUGUGACAUCCCCACCUGCUGCAGUGUCAAGUGUGACCCCAAACCCCAACGCAGCCUCUCUCCCUGCUCCGGCCACGCCAGCUGAAGGAGAGGAGCCAGGCACCUCGGGCACUCAGCAGCUCCCGGCGCCCACCCAGGCCCCUGAUGCGCUGCCUGCUGGAUGGGAGCAGCGAGAGCUGCCCAAUGGGCGUGUCUAUUAUGUCGACCACAAUACCAAGACUACCACCUGGGAACGGCCUCUUCCUCCAGGCUGGGAAAAACGUACAGACCCCCGAGGCAGGUUUUAUUACGUGGACCACAACACUCGGACCACCACCUGGCAGCGCCCUACAGCAGAGUACGUGCGGAACUACGAGCAGUGGCAGUCGCAGCGCAAUCAGCUCCAGGGGGCCAUGCAACACUUCAGCCAAAGAUUCCUCUACCAGUCUUCGAGCGCUUCGGCCGACCAUGAUCCACUGGGCCCCCUCCCUCCCGGCUGGGAGAAGAGGCAGGACAAUGGACGAGUGUAUUACGUGAACCAUAACACCCGCACUACCCAGUGGGAGGACCCUCGGACCCAGGGGAUGAUCCAGGAGCCAGCUCUGCCCCCAGGGUGGGAGAUGAAAUACACCAGUGAGGGGGUGCGAUACUUCGUGGACCACAACACACGUACCACCACCUUUAAGGAUCCUCGUCCAGGGUUUGAAUCUGGGACGAAGCAGGGCUCCCCUGGUGCCUACGACCGAAGUUUUCGGUGGAAGUAUCACCAGUUCCGCUUCCUCUGCCAUUCAAAUGCUCUGCCCAGCCAUGUGAAGAUCAGUGUCUCCAGGCAGACUCUUUUUGAGGAUUCUUUCCAGCAGAUCAUGAACAUGAAACCCUAUGACCUGCGCCGCCGGCUGUACAUCAUCAUGCGUGGCGAGGAAGGCCUGGACUACGGAGGCAUCGCCAGAGAGUGGUUCUUCCUCCUGUCCCACGAGGUGCUCAACCCCAUGUACUGUUUGUUUGAAUAUGCCGGCAAGAACAAUUACUGUCUACAGAUCAACCCUGCAUCCUCCAUCAACCCCGACCACCUCACCUACUUCCGCUUCAUUGGCAGAUUCAUCGCCAUGGCUCUGUACCAUGGAAAGUUCAUUGACACUGGCUUCACCCUCCCUUUCUAUAAACGGAUGCUCAACAAGAGACCAACCCUGAAAGACCUGGAGUCCAUCGAUCCUGAAUUCUACAACUCCAUUGUCUGGAUCAAAGAAAACAACCUGGAAGAAUGUGGUCUGGAGCUGUACUUCAUCCAGGACAUGGAGAUCCUGGGCAAGGUGACAACCCAUGAACUGAAGGAAGGGGGUGAGAGUAUCCGAGUCACAGAGGAGAACAAGGAAGAGUAUAUCAUGCUGCUGACUGACUGGCGCUUCACCCGAGGUGUGGAAGAGCAGACCAAAGCCUUCCUGGAUGGCUUCAAUGAGGUGGCCCCCCUGGAGUGGUUACGCUACUUUGAUGAGAAAGAGCUGGAGCUGAUGCUGUGCGGCAUGCAGGAGAUAGACAUGAGUGACUGGCAGAAGAACACCAUCUACCGGCACUACACCAAGAACAGCAAGCAGAUCCAGUGGUUCUGGCAGGUGGUGAAGGAGAUGGACAAUGAGAAAAGAAUCCGGUUGCUGCAGUUUGUUACUGGAACAUGCCGCCUGCCUGUUGGGGGAUUUGCUGAACUCAUUGGUAGCAAUGGACCACAGAAGUUUUGCAUUGACAAGGUUGGCAAGGAAACCUGGCUGCCCAGAAGCCACACGUGCUUCAACCGUCUGGACCUCCCGCCGUACAAGAGCUACGAACAGCUGAAAGAGAAGCUGCUGUAUGCCAUUGAGGAGACUGAGGGCUUCGGGCAGGAGUGACUCGGGCCGCCCCUCCUGCCCCCCAGCACACCUGCAGUCACGAGUCCUCCCUGCCCAAGAGGCCGCUGGCCGUGCAGCCCUCAGGAGGCCCCGCAGGAUGGUGACUCUAAUGGUGACUGCACUGUCAUCAUGUUGGUGGCAGCAGAGCCUGACCCCAGGAGGCCCUGCUUCCCACCCCUCAUGCACCCACUGGUGGCAGUCUGGAAGAAAGCCCACUAGUCACCCUUGGCCCCACUAUCCAUUGCAA